GGCCGAGCAGAUGAUGUGGACGUACCGCAGCUUCCUGUGUGUGUCUCUGGUUUGUGGUCUAGCUCUGGACUCCAACACCAUCAGAUCCUCUAAAGAGGCGACGCUCCAGAACUCCGAGCUGCAGAGGGGGGGCUGCAGUAACCGGGCUCAGAGGAGACCGACCAGCAUGGACCGACACCAGAACUCGGACAGAUAUGCAGAUGAUCGUGGACUCAACCGGACCAGAGCUCCAGAGAUGUCUGGAUGUGUGCGGUCGGGCGACUGUGCUGCAGGGCUCUGCUGCGUCCGGUACCUGACCGGGAAACGGUGCCAGAGCAUUCCCGUGGAGGGCGAGGCAUGCCUGCUGCGGGGGCCCACCAAGCUCAGGAGGAACCUGGGCCGCUGCGACUGUGCCGCCGGCCUCUCCUGCGCCGCUGUGGGCCGAGCCGAACCGGGCAAAAGCAAGCGCCAGGGGGUGUGCGUGACCAGGCCCAAACAGGCCCAGAGGAAGACGAGACAUUCUGGGAGGAAGAGGACUGAGGAGCUGCGCUGCUGAAGAAGUCCAGAGCUGAUUGACUCAUUUUGGUUUUGCGUCUCUGGGGUCACACGGAGGCGAUGGGUGUCAGACCCUAACCCAACCU